AUGUACGACCGGGCUCCGCGGGCGCUCACUCGGCCCGCGGGCGGCACCGAGGCGCAUGUGGGGCCCGGCUCCUACCAGCUGCAGCCCGGGAAACAGCAGAAAGCAGAUGGCUAUGCUCCAUUUCUUUCUUUGACAACUCGAGACUCUGCAUUUACUAUUCCAAAUGCUGAGAUUGAUGUUCCAGGACCAGGACACUAUGAUAUUUCCAAAGUACAGAAUGAUAUAAAAGGUGGUAAGAGUCCGCAGAACAAAGAAAAACGUUUCAAAGAGAUCAGUACAGACACUCCAGGACCUGGAAGCUAUAACCAACCUCCUGCUGUGGGGUUAGAGAUUAAUAACAGGAAGCAGAAAGAGCCUAAAGAACAUAGUCAACUGAGGACUGCUGGCAGUAUAAAAGUCUACCGAAAAGUGGAUGGUCCCUCUAUCCCUUCUCCAGGCCAAGCAUUUGGGUAUGAAGAAGCUGAGGAUGGCACUCUUAUUAAACAAUACCCACCUCAAAGAGAUGUGACAUUGGGCCCAGCAUACUAUCAACCAGUAAUUAAUGGUACGUAUUCUGCCAUGAAGUAUAAAGGAGUACAUUUUGGUAAUUUAACAGGAAAACGUAGUGAAUUUAAGGCUCAAGCAGGGCCUGGACCUGGGGAGUAUGACAUAACUCAGGAAAGUGCACUGCAUUAUUGGAAUGUCAACAUCAAAAAGGAAGACAAGAAAAAAUAUGAACCCUAUGUCCCACGGUAUCAUGAAGUAAUAGUAUUACAGGAAGAAAAGAAGGGUGUUCCAGGACCUGGACAAUAUGAAAUAAAAAGUCAGUUUCAGAAGGUGGAGAAUAUAUCACAAAAUGGAAAUGAAGUUCCACGUGCUCCUUUUCUUUCACAGUCCAAAAGAUUUGUACAUGUGAAAUCAAUCACCCCAGCUCCUGGUACAUAUAAUGAACCACGCUCAGCUCUUGAAUCCUUGAAGAAAACAUCAGGAAUGAAAAAGAUCCCAUUUGGUCAAACUACAGUUCGGUUCACUCAAGACUCCAGGCUAGAAAAAACACCAGGUCCAGCUUUCUAUAACAUUCUCAACUAUAGUAUUGAAAGAGAGAAUUUUAAAAAAGCUUACUUGGAGAGUACAAAGAAAGGAGCAUUUGGAUCUUCAGUUCCUCGACCUCUAUAUGUUUUUAAGAGGGGAGCUUUCUGUACUCCUGGACCAGCUGAUUAUCAGGGCAAAAGGAGCACUGAAGAAUCACAUAAACAACAUAAGCAAUUAUCUGUUUUCUUGUCAUCAACAGAAAGAACUCCAGUAGUUGCCAUGGAAAUUCCACCACCAGGCUCCUAUGAGGUUCAAAAAUCAUUUGAGAAAUCACAUAGUAAAAGCCACUAUAUGCCUCCCCGAACCACACUGGCUAAAAGAAAGCAUACCUCUUUUCUCAGUGCAACACCUAGAAAAAAUGUACCCAAUACUGACAAAGAUGUACCAGGACCUGGGACGUACAAUCCUGUAGUGAAGUCAGCUUCCAGUAUUUCCCUAUUUGUUUCCAGAGUGGAGCGUUUUAAGGACGUGAAAGAGAUUACUCCCGGUCCAGGAGCUUAUGAGCUAAGCCCAUUGUUUAAGGACACUGUCCUGAAGAGAACAUUUAAUUCUACCUUACAGAAUCCUGUUGCAACUCAGAUGGACAACACUGUUUGCAAAUAUGAGGCAGUGCACCCAGGCACACUUUGUGUGUCUAUUUAA